AUGGGAGAUAAAAGGCUCAGAAAUCAUGGAAGAAACUUUAGAAUGGUUUCCAUUGUGACUAUGGAAAAUUACUAUGAUUCUGGCUGGCACAUGGGCACCAGCUGGGCUCAAUGCAGUGAUCAUUCUUCUUCCUUCGCAGUACCUACACAAAUACUUCCUCAUGUCACGGACUCUGCCUCUCUUCAAUUUGGUGAGUUCCACUCAUGGCCACUUCCCAUUGAAGGGGCUGCAGAAGAGAGAGCAAUAAGUGCUUCCAAGAGUCACAGACAAGCAGAGAAAAGGCGCAGAGACAGGAUCAAUGCACAGCUUGCAACUCUCAGAAAACUUAUUCCCAAGUCUGAUAAGAUGGACAAAGCAGCUUUACUAGGGAGUGUGAUAGACCAUGUCAAAGAUCUAAAGAGAAAAGCCAUGGAUGUUAGCAGAGCUUUCACAGUUCCAACUGAAAUUGAUGAAGUGUCAAUUGACUGUGACCAUGUUCAAGAUGAAAGCUGCACUAAAGUAAACAAAUUGAAGGACAAUAUUGUGAUCAAAGCUUCUGUUUGCUGCGAUGAUCGACCGGAACUGUUCCCUGAACUCAUCCAAGUCCUCAAAGGCUUGAGACUCACAGCAGUUAAAGCUGAUAUAGCCAGUGUGGGUGGCAGGAUCAAAAGCAUAUUGGUGCUUUGUUCAAAGGAUAGUGAAGAGGGUGUUUGCCUCACCACUCUCAAACAGUCCCUCAAAUCUGCUGUCACCAAAAUUGCUUCAUCAUCCAUGACAUCUAAUUGUCCCACUAGAAGUAAGAGGCAGAGAUUCUUCUUGCCUUCUCACUGUCUACAGUAA